UUCUGACACUGAUUUUGCAUGGAAAAAUGGAGUUCUGCUUAAAGCAACAUCUGUUUAUGCUAAUUAAUUGCCAUUGAUGUGUAUUUAAAAAUUAAGGAAGUCACUGUCCCCAGUGCCCCCCUUUCACUUUGUCAGCACCAGAGUUGUAUAUCACAGGAAGGGCUGUGACAUACAUGACAUACGUCACGUGGGAUGACCCAGGAAUGACGUGACAUACUGUAGCUGAAUGAGAUAAUGUAGCAUCCUGAAUUAGUGCAAGAGGCUUUUCUCGAGGGUUGGGCCUCCCUCAGAUGCGGUCUAACUGCAGCCGGAUUUGGGCACAGACCACACGCCGGUGAGCUCUGCUCCUUUGCCACCAGAGGGGGAUGUGAUUGUAUUUAUCACUCGUGUCCUACCCUGCCAGCGAUCUCACAAAUCCGGGUAAUGUUUCCCUGUGUAAUGCACGCAUGACUUGCUCAAACCUUUGAAAAAGUGUACCAGAGAAUAUUUACUGCUGUGGGCUCUGAAUAUUCACAUUCAGAUUCUGACAUAUCGCUCUCUGUUCAGCAAGUAAUUGGGAAAAGUGAUGCUGGUUUAGAAAUGAAUAAAACAAUUCUGUUUCAGAAGCCAACUUGAAAGUCUUGACACAAGAGGAGCUCCUUACAACAACCAACCAAUAAGCCAACAAUGGAGGAUGGCAGAACUGAGCUUUAGGUGACAGCUGGGAAAGGAGACAAACCACUGUAAUACCACAGUUUAACUACAUUGCUGCACUUUUUUUUUAAAAAAGGUUUUUCCAGAAAUUAACUGCCCCAUUUUCAAAAACCUUCUACUGCACACCCACACCUCUUUCAUCUCUUCAGCAGUUUGGCAGGACAGAAAGCAUUCAGAAAAGCCUGUGUGCAAGGCACUGCUGUUUCCUAGGCUGAAGAUAAUGAUGGUGCUGAAGAAAUUGCCUUACCAAAAACACAAACAAACCCAAAGAAAUAAAAAACCCUGGUCCUGACUGCUCAGUGUCACCAGCAACUAAAAAAAAAAAGUCCAUUGCAUGUAUUGUUUUAACGAAAAACAGACAAAAAGCCAUUAGACAGCUCUAACAUGUAGAUCAAGGCUACUGCUUCUCAUCGUGCACUGUUUUAUUGGGAGUCCUUGCAGAAAUAUAAAAAAAGAGACAGAAAAAAAAGAGACAGUCAACCAGUGCAGUAAACUGGAUGCAGGGAUACUCAGUGUAGGGGAGAAGGGACAACAGUUUGAGGGGAUGGAAAAACUUAUUACAGCAGCAACCUAAAUCACUUUAAUUAUUGCAUAAAAGUUCCCAUCACUGAAGACUAUGAACAUCAGCCUCAAGAUUCCUAUUUUGACCCUAUUGCUAUUAAGACAGAGUCACAGAGGAUUUCCUGUACUUUACAGAAGAACCUUAACUACUGUUGUUUCAGACUAUUUUAAAGUGGUCCUUUGGAAACUACUGAAUCUGGCCUUUCAUAGGAUAGGAGAGGGAGGAAAAAUGCAGUCAGUUGUACCAUGACUGUCGUUGUGCUUUGGAAGUUUUUCUCAUUGACUCUGAAACUUACUGACAACAGAUAACUGCUGGCUACAAACUGAGGAACAAAAGUUUUAGCUUUGGCAGAUCAAGAAAUUACUGUUAACAGUUUUUGUUAAAACAGGGAAGCUGGAAACAAACUGAUUUACCACUUUUCAAACCUUUUUGACAAAGACAAAUCAUGGCUUGCACACAGGGACUGAAUAGAUUGUUCUACACCUGCUGGGUCUGGUGCUGUGUCAGAGAACCAUACCUGAAAUAAUAAGAAAUGCUGACCACUAUGACAAAGAAUAUGGUUAAGAACAAGAAUACCAAGUAUUUUUUGAUGAGUAAAGGAAGAAGGUACUUACAAUCUUCUACUAUAAUGUUUCCUCUAGAUAAUAUCCCAUGAUCAAACUUGCUGUCUUAGGUUUAAAUACUACACUUUUACUGAGUAUCUUGCUCAAACACAGCUCUGUUUUUGUGCAAAUACAGCAUCAGAUGUUUUAGGACUUCAGCAGAAGACUGCUAGAGCCAGUCUCAGUGACUGCACACCUGCAAAACAGGUAACCCCAAACAGUAUAAUUAAAUUCCUCUUUCAGAAUUACAGAUGGGAAAUAAUAGUGUUUUUCUCAGGUGAAAUCAGCAAAAUUAGCAUUGGGAUUUCCGUAAUUCCAAAUGAGUUCUGGUCUUAAAAUUCAGUAGAUACAUGCUGAGAAGAAGCAGGAUUCAACACUUAGUUCUGUUGGCUGGUUGUUCUGUUGGUGUAUCAACAUAAAAUACCUGCUUUUUCUCCCCUCAUCCCAUCCCCUCACACUUUGAACGAGCCAUUACAACAAGAAAUCCGGUCUAAAUUAGGUCUUUCCCGUAAGUGUUGUGGAGGGAAAGAUUAAAAUCACUCAUUAAAUACCUCAGGAAACUAAAUUAAAAAGCUUGUUUAUUUUAACAGGUACUAUCCUUACUGAUGACUUCCCUUUAAAGAGUAUUUGCUAGUUUUGGGAAACGAGGCUAUUUAAAAACCAGGUUUGUAUACUGGCAAUUACAGUUAUUUUACUAGAGCUUAAGGGAGGAAAAAAAAACCAUGAGAAUGGAAGUGGGAAGUGCCCAAUUUGCAAAUUACUGACCUGCAUGCUAUUCUUGGUUACAAGGCACACAGACAUUUAAUCAUGGUCUGAAAUCAAAAUCUUAAUGCAAUCAUUAUGGCAUUUGAAGUGGUGCAGCACCAGGUUCAAGAGAUCCUGCUCUGAGGUGAAUGUUGGGGUGGAGAUAGCUGAACUCUGCUAAUGAGGAAUGGACUCCAAGUUUUGAGGAUAAGACCAGGAAAUUCCUCUCUGCUCAACCAAAACAAAGCCACAGAAAGGUGACAUAAGAUGGGUAACUAGUGUAACAAGGCAGUAACAGCAGGAUUUUUUUUUAUUUGUGAUAGAAACUGGACUAAAGCCUCUCAAAUUUCAUAGUUUUUACUGUAAGAGUCACAUGCACAUUGAGAAGAAAAAGCUACUCUAUACCAACAGAUAGUGGUGGAUAAGUGCAGUAGGAGCCACAGCAAAGGGAAGAACUAGAAUUUAUACAGAAAUACCUCUUGAAGGCUGCAAGUCAACAAUGUGUUCCCUUGAAAUCCACAAGUGAAUUAAAGGUAGACUGGCAGGAAACAAAAAAAAAAAGUGAAAUUUGUAGCAAGUCAUUUCACAACAAAUAAAGGGCAACAUCCUGCCACAACAGGAAGCAGGUGCCAAGAGUCAUCUUGGAACAGAAGCAUCACUAACAAACACUUGAUACAUUCAAGGCCCAACCUUCACCGCUCAUCUAAGAAUGCUUCAUUUCCUCAAGCAUAGAAGCCUUUUGCGUGACUGUGGAAAACUUUAUUGCCCCAUUUCAGUUAUGAGGCAUGGAAGGGGCUAGCAACAAACAACAAUGGAACUCACGUGGAAGGCCCGGCUUCUAAUUACUUUGAUCUUCCUUUCCUAGACACAGAAAGGCAAUAUUUGCUUUUUGCCAGCCCUCUGACACCUUUUCCCAUACUCCCAAAGGAGUGGCUGGUUGAGGGAAUAAAAGGCAGGGGAUUACAGAGUCGAGGCACUUGGAGCUGAACUUGAUCUUCAAGUCCGAGUUCAUCAACUUAGCCACGGAAAGGAGCCAGUGAGAAAUAUUGCAGAGGAACUUCUGCCACGGGGACUCUGCAGCUGCAACCUAGCCAUCUGCUUUAAAAGAUAAAGAAGAGAAAACACUCAAACAUGGUUUGCUUGUGGUUCCUAUCUCUUCUUACUUAUGGACUUACAGUGCUGCAGGGGGUGAAUGGUUGGACAUACCAUUAUUCAGACAGAAACAUGACCUACAGGGAAGCAGAGGAGUGGUGCAAAAAGAGGUAUACUAACAUGGUUGCCAUUCAGAAUAAGGAAGAAAUCAACUAUCUCAAUAACUUCUUACCCUAUAAUCCGGGUUACUACUGGAUUGGAAUCAGAAAAAUUAAUGAUGUGUGGACCUGGGUUGGAACUAACAAAGAACUGACAGAAGAAGCAAGAAACUGGGCUUCAGGUGAGCCAAAUGGCAAAGGGAACAACGAGGACUGCGUGGAAAUCUACAUCAAAAGAGGGAAGGAUGAUGGCAAAUGGAAUGAUGAACAGUGUGAGAAAAAGAAGAUCGCCUUGUGCUACACAGCUUCUUGCAACCCAUCUCUCUGCAGUGGCCGUGGAGAAUGUAUAGAGACUAUUAACAGUCACACCUGCCAUUGUAACCCUGGGUUCUAUGGCCCUGAAUGCGAGUUUGUUGAGAGUUGUGAUCCACUAAGGAAACCUGAGCAUGGGAGCCUCGAGUGCAACCAUCCAUUGGGGAACUUCAGCUACAACUCAUCCUGCACAGUUCAGUGUGAGGAAGGCUACGAACUGACUGCACUGGAAUCUGUACACUGCACCUCCUCUGGGGUCUGGUCUGCCCCCCUUGCAGCAUGCAAAGCUGUGACCUGUCCUGCCUUGGAAAUGCCUGCCCAUGGUGCUGUGAACUGCUCCCAUCCCUCUCUGGAGCUCACCUGGGGUACCAUCUGCGAGUUCACCUGUGAGGAAGGCUUUACCCUGACAGGACCAGCCACACUGCAGUGUGGGUCUUCUGGGGCCUGGGACAGGCAGCAGCCAUCCUGUGCAGCUGUGAGGUGUGAGGCUGUAAGCUGGCCAGAAGGCGGCUCUGUGACCUGUGAUCCUGCAGAUCUCACCUAUGGCUCACGCUGUGAGUUCCACUGCAAUGAGGGCUACGUUGUGGAUGGCCCGUCCAGCACUGAGUGCACAGCACAAGGACAGUGGUCAGAGCCAGCACCAAGAUGCAAAGCUAUGACCUGUCCUGCCUUGGAAAUGCCUGCCCAUGGUACUGUGAACUGCUCCCAUCCCUCUCUGGAGCUCACCUGGGGUACCAUCUGCGAGUUCACCUGUGAGGAAGGCUUUACCCUGACAGGACCAGCCACACUGCAGUGUGGGUCUUCUGGGGCCUGGGACAGGCAGCAGCCAUCCUGUGCAGCUGUGAGGUGUGAAGCUGUAAGCUGGCCAGAAGAAGGUUCUGUGACCUGUGAUCCUGCAGAUCUCACCUAUGGCUCACGCUGUGAGUUCCACUGCAAUGAGGGCUACGUUGUGGAUGGCCCAUCCAGCACUGAGUGCACAGCACAAGGACAGUGGUCAGAGCCAGCACCAAGAUGCAAAGUUGUACAGUGUGAACCACUGAGCUCUCCUGAGAAAGGCUCUAUGGAUUGCUCACAUGGUGCUGGGAUGUUCACAUACAACACCUCCUGCCACUUCAGCUGUCUUGAGGGAUGGAAUCUCAACGGCUCUCAUGUUCUGGAGUGCAGUCACUCAGGAACCUGGAGUGCCAGCCUGCCCACAUGUGAAGCUCCUGAGCUAGUCAGCUAUGUCUCUGUGGGCAUAGCAGCCACAUCUGCCUCCCUGCUGUCCAUGGCAUCAUUCCUCCUUUGGCUUGCAAAGCGCUUCCGGAGAAAAGCAAAGAAAUUUAUUCCUUUCAGUAACCAGCAUGAAACAGCCACUGAAGGUAUUUUCCAAAGUGCUGGCCAGAAUGUCUAACUCAGGUGUUUCAGGAAUGGAAGCCACCUUUGUCUCAGAUUUCUGGAAGAUGAAGCUGCAUGCAAAUCAGCAGCUGUCCAGAUGUUUUUACCUCUUGCAGUACAAAAGACCUUGUGUGUUUGCUCAGA